AUGCAGGCACACGCAGAGGACGCGUUGCAGGAAGACGGCGAACAAAAGGCCGAUUCGAAGGAUGAUCGGCUCAUGAAGGUCAAGGGCCUGGACAAGCAGCAGCUCUGCAUUGACCUGCUGAUGGUCGGCUGUGUCCAGUCCUACGUGGACUUCUUCUACAUCACCCACCGCAAGGCGGCGCCGAAAGAAGGAGCCAACGAGGAUGAGGUGAAAGACGUCGUCAUUCCGGAGGAGACCUUGAUCUUCCUCAAGGAGACGCUGGAGCAGGCCGAAUCUGCAAGGAGGCUGCGCAGCUAUUUGCAAUGCUACGAGAGCUACAACUCCCUGGCCGAGUUCUUCGAGACGGUUCCGGACCUCAAGAGUGCGAUGUACUUCUAUCAGAGAUGCGCCGAUGUCGCGGCCGAGGUCGAGGCGUGGGAGAGCAUCGCCAAAGCCAACCUCAACUUGGGCAGCUGCGAGGAGCAGGGCGGCAACUGGCAAAGCGCGAUGCAGUACCACGAGAAGGCGCUUGAGAUUGCCUCCUCGGCCGACUCGCUCCCUCUGCAGAUCAAGGCUGCGAGCCGGCUGAGCACGGUGUGCCAGGUCCUUGCCGAGCAGUGCGAGAAGGAUGGGCGCGAUGCAGAAGCUUCCGGCCUCUUCGAACGCUGCCUGAGCUCGGCCCAGCGUUCUAAGGACGCAACCCUCGAGGGAACUGCGUGCCACAAGUUGGGCUUGUCAAAGCACAAGACUGGCAACUACGAGCAAGCCGCGGAGUUGCAGAGGCAGUACCUCGAAAUUUGCAGGAUCCACGACGACCGCGUCGGCGAGAGCGCGGCGCGCGCAGCGCUGGCACAGGCGUACGAGGCCACGGGGGACACGCAAGAGGCCAUCAAGCAGCUGGAGAAUCUCCUGAGCGUUGCAAGCGAGGCAGGGGAGUUGAAAGCUCAAGCAGGAGCAUGCCUGAACCUUGGCAUCCUCUACAACAGCCGCGGCAACCACGAGAAGUCCGUGGAGCUCCUGGAGCAGCACUUCGACCUCGCCAGGCAGAUCGGAGACAGAAAGCUGAUCGAUUCGGCCCGUGUCGUCUUGGGCAUGGUGCGUGGGAACGGAAAGCUGAAAGCCUACAUCAACAUGGUGAACAACGACCUGGAUAAGCUGCUCAAGUGGAAGAGCAAGCGUGCCACCCUGGACUCCUGA